AUGUUCUAUGUAUUCUUGUGUUUCAUUUUCUUUUCUCUAACGUCUUCUGAACCAAAUACUAUUGAGAUGUCUCCUACGACGGAUGAUCCAUGGGAUUUGGAUGGUCCUUGCCAGAUUUACGUCGAAGUUAGUAAGCAAUUUCGAAGUGAGUAGGUCUGAGCUUUAAUUCUUGUUUAGAAGUUUGCAAUUGUACAAUCUGAAAUGGUCAGAUGCGCGUCCAAUUGGUCGAUACCACCAAAAGUUUGCACCAAUUGCUUUUCACAGUAUAUCAACUUUAAACAAGUCGAAUGGGAAACGAAAAAUCUGGUGAGCUAUUCUGUGUUCUUCAGAAAAAGGACUUCUUUAUCAUCACAUAUUUUAGAAUCAUGUUUUUUCUUUGGAUAAUCGCACAUGUUCUCAAGUCAUCUAUGAUAACUACCUGCUCUCAUACAGUACCGAUAUUUCGGUGGCUCUCACGCAGAGAAUAUGGGAGCAAUCGAGAUGUGACUGUGAGUUGAAACCAGCUCUCGAAACAUUUAGAAGGAAUCAUAAUGUCCAUUUCAGCUUGCUUGAAAAUAAACUGGGACUUUGAGAAAAAUAGCUCAGGAGUCGUUUUCAACGAUCGAACUCUUCAAUUCCAAGUAUAAGUUCGAACUAUUUAAAUAAUAGAUUCCAGAUUUUCUUUCUAGAUUUUGAAUUGGUUCCUUUGUUUUGGCAAAAUCCGAAAUAUUUGUUCAGAGCAAGCUGUAUGACUGGCGAAAUUGCGUUGUAAACUACACAUCUGGAGAUAUUUUCGAAGACGUCUGUUUGAAUUUUACAUCAUAUUGCUUGAACAUUCCGUUUUGCAGAUUUCCAACGAAACACAGAUUUGCAGUCUGUGCAACAGCACUUUUGAUGAUUUGUUCAAUUUUUACUGGAACAUCUAUAUUGAUCCUACGACCGAUUUUUGCGUAGAUGUUGAAACUACGGUAUAUUCAUAUGGUUUUAUGUGUACUUUUUUUUCGCUUAAUUCAGAUGAACGAUACCCUUCAUUUGUGGAACGACGUUUGGAAAUGCGCAGAGAGGCAAGAUAGGUGAGUCUGUGCCAAGUUUUUUUUUUCCAAAAAGGUAUGCUGAAUUCCAUAUUUUGAAGACAGAAGAUCGAGAAGAUAUUGUAUGAAAAUCUAGUUUCAAGCAUGAAAAUCCUUAAUUCUUUUUAUAGAGAAAAAUUCAAAGUUUUCGGCUUACAGUUUUUUUCAAUCUGAUCUCUUCUUUCUUCAAGUAUUAUAUCGAUGAUAAAAACAAAUCUUCACUGAAAUUACCGAUACUUCAGGAACCGCGAUCUCGUUUCUGUUCUCAUAACACUAUGUGUGUUAUUGGUACUGACCGCGUUAUUUUACACGGCGACCUUCAUUCAAGGAGGAGGAAAAGCACGCAAUCUCAUCAGAUGUGAGUUUUGCUUUUAAUUUAAUGUAUUUCAUUUUAAUGGUGAUUUAGACUCGCGAAUGGCUCCGCCCAGAGGCACGAGGUCGCGACUGCUCACCGGUUCUUCUGAAGCCCAUUUCGGAUCCUCGUAUUCUACAGUUAACACAUUUCCUCCUAUUUCUUCCAGUUAA